CGCAAAUAUCUAACCCUAACCUAAAAUCCAAAAUGUAUAAAUCAUAAACAUAACAUUUUUUUCUAAAACUGUGCUGUGAUAUUAAAUUAAACUAUGUGUGUAUUGCUUUCAUUAUCAUCGUUGUCCUUAAAAAACGGUCUUAGAAGCUUCUGCAACCAAGCUACAAGAUUAGGUAAAGAUGUUAAUAAAUGCACCAAGAAAGUACUGGGACAACCAACUUAUGAUACCCAUCCACAUAUUAUGAAUGAAGGAGAAGUAACUCCAAUGAUCACCAAAUAUGAGUACCAAACUAGAAGAUCUAAGUUUAUAGAUUCUCUAACAAAGUUUUCAGUAAAUAAUAGUUUAAAAACAAAGAAUCACAUGGUGAUUAUACCAGCUGCUUCAAAACAGUACAUGUCUGAUAAAAUACCAUAUGUCUUCCGCCAAAAUACAGAAUUCCUCUAUUUGACUGGCUGCUUGGAACCUGACUGUUGUUUAGUAAUAACUAUUGAUGAAAGAGGAAAGUAUUCCACGGUACUAUUUACCAGGGACAAAGAUGAUCAUGCAGAACUCUGGGAUGGGCCUAGAACACAUCCAGAAGAUGCUACUAAUUUUUUUGGUGUCAGUGAAAGUCUAUCCAUUAGUGAGUUUGAAAAGUAUAUAUAUUCUUACCAGAAAUCUCAGAAACAGCUAAAUUUAUGGUAUGAUUUUCUAACACCAGUACAGAAAAAUAUUCAUUCUUCUAUAAAAAAUUUCAUGCAAGAUACAAGUAAUAAACAGUGGGAAAAUCCGAAACCACUUCUACAAAAAUUGAGGUUGUUUAAGAGUCCUGUAGAAAUAGCUUUGAUGCAGAAGGCAUGUGACAUCACAGCAAUUGCUUUUAUGGACACAAUAUCAGUUUCAAGACCAGGUAUUGGUGAAAAUCAACUGUUUGCAAAAUUUGACUAUGAAUGCCGUACCAGGGGAGCCGAUUAUCUAGCUUACCCUCCAGUUAUAGCUGGAGGAAAUAGAGCUACAACUAUUCACUAUAUCAAUAACAAUCAAAUAGUAGAUCCGGGUGAGAUGGUACUUAUGGAUGGAGGUUGUGAAUAUCAUGGAUACUCUAGUGACGUUACAAGAACUUGGCCAAUUAGUGGAAAAUUUUCAAAAGAACAGCGUCAGAUAUACGAAGUAGUUUAUGACGUAAAUAACGAACUAAUAGCAAUGUGCAAUAAGUUUCCAUCUCUCGAUGCAUUGUUUGAAAGUAUGUGUUAUUUAUUGGGAAAACGAUUACAGGAAGUGGGAUUAUUAGGAGCUCAGCCAUCAGAUUCGUUUUUGAUGAAAGCAGCGUACCAAUUGUGUCCUCAUCACGUCUCCCAUUAUUUAGGAAUGGAUAUUCAUGAUACUCCUACAGUAACGAGAAAUGUUCAAAUCGAGCCUGGUAUGAUCAUUACGAUAGAACCAGGAAUUUACGUAAAUGAAAAUAACAAAUUGCUGCCAAAAAAGUACAGGGGUAUUGGUGUAAGGAUAGAAGAUGACAUUUUAAUCACAGAGAACGGUCCUGUUGUAUUAAGCCGAAAAUGUCCGAAGCAUAUAGAUGAAAUAGAAAGGCUAGCAAGCGAAAACCAAUGAAUUUUUGUAAUGUUUUAUGAUUUUUGUAAUUGUAUAUAUUUGUACUUUGUGGAAAUAUAUUUUUGUUGAUUU